AUGUCUCAACUCACCAAUUCUGGUAGAGGGAGCUUGCGAGGACCGUACAACCCACUGAUCAACCCGAUUCAUGCCAAGCCGGCCCUGGUAGAAGAACACAUAGAAGACCAGCACCACAUCCUCUUUUCAAGCCCAAUAUUCGGCGCCCUCCUCUUCGAAAACACAUCCUCCGACGCACGCGACCACUGCGCAAACGAGCGGACCUUCCUCUCAUGGCUCCGUUUAUCAAUGUACCUAGCUGUCGUCGCGCUUGCAAUCAUAAUAUCCUUUCACUUUCGUGACCAACCCACUGCGCUGGAACGGCGCAUGGCUUUGCCGCUUGGUAUUAUCUUCUGGCUGUUAGGUUUGAUGUGUCUGGCUAGUGGGUUCGCUAACUAUGCGAGGACUGUUAUGAAAUAUAGUCGCAAGGCUGCUCUUGUGCAGAGUGGUUGGAAGACGCAGAUGGUUUUUACGGUUGUUGGGACUGUUAUACUCGGAAGUUGUAUUCUGUUCUUGUCGACUGAAUCAUAA